UGGGGCCCCACAUCCGUUUCACACCUCGUCUCUUCUCGGCUGAAUCCUGAUGCAAAAAUGGCUGGAACUAGCACCGGGUUCAGAAAUAAUGUCCCCAAUUAUGAGACGGUGGAUCUGAACAGUCGGGCGUUCCACGUGGGCGGUUUUGGAGCUCUUUGGAAGGAGGCGCUGCGCCAGGAAGACGUGUCUCUCCAGCAGGCAGAACCUGAGGACGACGAGGCGGCGGUGAUGGAGGAUUUUCUCUGCACGCCGGAGAUCGCGGCAGAGCUGAAAGCUGUGUGCAGCAUUGCUGCACUGAAGAGCUCUGAUAAAGAAGAUACAGAAGUGAUACCUGAAGAUACCAACUUAAUAACUCUUAAAAUUCGGCAGAAAGCUCUGGAAAGACGAGAAGAAACCAUCCUUGUUGAUCGUGCAUGUAGACAAGAAACAUUUGUUCAUGAGAUGGAAUCUCAUGCAAUUGGAAAAAGGCCCAAAGAUCCUGGGAAUAUGAUUGACGAAGCUGAACUUGUGUUAACUCUCAACAUUUUUUAUCCAGUUAUAUUUCAAAAGCAUAAGCUUCGGAAGCCGUAUCAGACACUGUUGGUCCUCGGGAGCCAAAAACUUACUGAGCUUCGAGAUUGCAUUUCUUGUGUUAGUGACCUUCAGAUUGGUGGCGAGUUCAGCAAUAAUCCUGCUCAGGCCCCAGAAAAUAUCAGCAAGGAUCUCUACAAGUCUGCCUUCUUUUACUUUGAAGGUGUUUUUUAUAAUGAUAGCAGGUAUGCUGAAUGCAGAGAUUUGAGCAGGACAAUUAUUGAAUGGUCAGAAUCCCGUGACCGAGGUUAUGGAAAUCUUUAUGCCACUAAAAUGGAAGACUAUACCUUUAAUGAUUUGAACAUAAAAAUAGGUUUCCCAUACCUUUAUUGUCACCAAGGAGAUUGUGAGCACAUUGUUAUUAUCACAGAUAUCAGGCUUAUUCAUCGAGAUGACUGCCUAGACAGAAGCCUCUACCCCUUGUUAACAAAAAAACAUUGGCUAUGGACUAAAAAGUGUUUUGUGUGCAAAAUGUACACAGCCAGGUGGGUAACGAAUGAAGACAGCCUUGCUCCACAAGAGCCCUCAUUCUUUUGUGAUGUCUGUUUCCAAACACUCCAUUAUGAUGCAGAUGGGAACAAGCUGGGAGAGUUCCUUGCCUACCCUUAUGUUGAUCCAGGAAUUUUCAACUGAGGUCAAGAAGAAAGAAGACCAAAUCAUAUGGUAUCAUCUGCUUCACUGCCUGUUGGAACAUAAAUCGCCCUGUAAUUAAACAAUGGACAACUUUUUCAGUAUUUCUGCUUUAUGUUUACACACACACACGCACGCAUUCCAAUUUAUUUUUACAUCUUAAUCCUUGUCCCAGAUACAGUUGUUCAUAAUCUUAUUUCAGAGGCCAAUGAAAGUUAAACUCUCCUGCCUUACACUCAGAGGUGGGUUCCUACUGGUUUGGGCCGGUUCAGCCGAACCAGUAGUGCUUUGCUGGCCUGGUUUACCGGAACCAGCAGCGGCCCAGGCCUGCCAACUGUGUCCCCAGUUGACGCAGCAUAUUUUUUCCCAUUUUUUUAAUGUUCUGUGCAUGCACAGACCUAUUUAUGGACAACUGCACAAAAUUGUGCUUGCACCAAACGGACAGUAAGGCCAACAGCAACCUACCCCUGCUUACACUGGUAUCAAAAUCGAGGCAAGUGUGGUGUGUGUGUCUAUCUUCUCUUUCAGGAGAAGAAUUACUUGGCAGAGAAAAGACCAAUGAUGAGAAUGGUGUCCCUGCUCCAGUUUGGCAUCCUGUGACAAUGGAUCCUUAUUCAUCUCUCUAUUAUUUUGUUUUUUGAAGGGCAAGAUAUUUUUUUUGAAGGAUAUCAUCAGAUUUUUAGGGUUUUUUUUUUAGUUUUGUUGUGUUUUACUAUUAACUUUGUUAAUAAAUGUUCUCUAUAUUUUA